GAUGAGCUGUGAAAGUUGAGGUGGGUUACAGACUUUCCGCUCUUCAUCCCCCUUUCCCUCCUCCUCUUACUCAUCUUCUACCUCCUCCUCCUCCUCCUCCUCCUCUUCUCCUGUACGUGCUCCCAGUCAUGAAGCUCCUACAUCUGUCUGGUUUGGAGGUGUGAGGCAGGCUAACCGUGGUGAACAUGGCUGGCGUUGGAGCUCCAGGCUGCUGCCGCUGCUCUGCCGCGGUGAUCGUGCUGCUGCUAGCCGCUGUCCGCGCUCAGUACGAGGGCUACAGCUUCAGCAGCUUCCCGGAGAGCGAGCUGAUGCCGCUGGACUCGGCGUACGGCACCGCGCUGGACUUCUUCGGCUCCGAGCGCUGGAAGGACAGCGUGCGGAUGCUGGAGCUCAGCCUGAGGAUCCACCGGCUCCUGCGGGACAGCGAGGCGACCUGCGCCCGCAACUGCAGCCUGGAGACGCGGCGGGGCCAGGGGCAGGAGGAGCAGGAGCCCGGGCUGAGGGUGAUGGAGCACUUUCUCCGGAGAGCCGCCUGUUUAAAGCGCUGUAAAGCCGCGCUGCCGGUCUUCUCCAAGGCGUACCCCAAGCCGGAGACCCUAGAGGCUUUCCAGAAGAGGGAACCCUACCGGUACCUGCAGUACGCCUACUUUCAGGUGAAUAAUAUGGAGAAGGCCGUAUCAGCAGCACACACGUAUCUCCAGCGGAACCCGGGGGACCAGCAGCUCUCCAAGAACCUGAAGUAUUAUAACAGCCUGUUCGAUAUUGAGGAGUUCCUCAUCGACCAGGAGGAAAAACCUUUUGAAGCGGUGUUUCUGAAGGGGGUGAAGUUGUAUAAUGCGGGGGAUUUUAGCCGCUCGGUGCCGGAGCUGGAGCGAGCGUGUGAGGAGUAUAUGAAGGCGUAUGAGGUGUGUGUGGAGGUGUGUGAGGGAUCGUACGACCUGAAGGAGUUCAAAGACUUUUAUCCUACACUUGCAGGGCUGUAUGUGGACGCUCUGGAGUGUAAGGUGAAGUGUGAGGAUAACCUGAUGCCGAAUGUGGGCGGAUUCUUCGUGGAGAAAUUUGUUGCCACCAUGUAUCAUUACCUGCAGUUCGCCUAUUAUAAAUUAAAUGAUGUGCGUAACUCCGCCCCCUGUGCGUUGAGCUACAUGCUGUUUGAUUCGUCGGAUCCGGUGAUGAAGCAGAACGUGGAAUAUUACAGAUUCUACAGAGAACAGUGGGGACUGACCGAGGACCACUUUAAACCCAGACCGGAGGCUCUGCAGUAUUUUAAUCAGACGACUAAACAGAAAGAAAUGCUGGAAUUUGCCCACAAUUACCUGCAGCCUGAUGACGAGGACGUGGUCAGUCCUGAGGAGGCCGCUGCAGGACCCUCCUCUCCUCCAGAUGAAGAGUUUGAAGGUCUUGGGGAUUAUGAGGAGUCGUUUCUGGCUCAGUGGUGGCAGGACCCCAAAACUAAAGGAGACACCGGAGAGGCAGAUUAACACACACACACACACACACACACACAGCCUGAGACUGAAGACUGAACACAGACUGAAUGGACUGAUCUUUCUGAUCUUCAGUCGUGUGUAUGUGUUCCUGAUGAAGGCCAGUACUGCAGAUCCACACACACACACACACACACCCCUGCGUGAAGACUGGUCCUGGAUCUGUGAACUGAGACUCACUGAAUCAGAGCGCUGUUUAUUACAGAUCAUCAGUCAGAUCAUCAUCACUGCAGAUCAUAAUCUAUACAGAACAGCCGGAUACGACCAAACUGAGACUGUCCUCAAACCCUUCUCAGACUGAUCUCUUACUGUUCUCAUAACAAUGUGCCCUUCAGACUGAUCUCUGACUGUCCUCAGACUGAUCUCUUACUGUUCUCAUAACAAUGUGCCCUUCAGACUGAUCUCUGACUGUCCUCAGACUGAUCUCUUACUGUUCUCAUAACAAUGUGCCCUUCAGACUGAUCUCUGACUGUCCUCAGACUGAUCUCUUACUGUUCUCAUAACAAUGUCCCCUUCAGACUGAUCUCUGACUGUCCUCAGACUGAUCUAUGACUGUACUUGGACUGAUCUCUGUCUUCAGACUGAUCUCUGACUGCUCUCAUACCAAUAUUUGUCUUCAAAUUGAUUUAUGACUGUCUUUAUACUAAUCUUUGUCUUCAGACUGAUCUAUAACUGUCCUCAAACUGAUCUAUGACUGUACUUGGACUGAUCUCUGUCUUCAGACUGAUCUAUGACCAUCCUCAGACUGAUUUCUGAUUGUCCUCAUGCCAAUCUUUGUCUUCAGACUGAUCUCAGACUGUCCUCAGACCAAUAUCUGUUUUCAGACUGAUCUGUGACUGUCCUCAUACCAGUCUUUGUCUUCAGAUUGAUUUAUUACUGUGCUCAGGCUGAUCUCUGUCUUUAAACUGAUUUAUGACUCUCAUCUUAACAAUCUUUGUCCAUCUUUAUCCUGUGACUGUCCUCAGACCAAUGUCUGUCUUCAGACUGAUCAAUAACUGUCCUCAUAGCAAACUCUAACUGUCUUUAUAACAGUCUUUGUCCUCAGAUGGAUCUUUAUCAGUCUUCAGACUGAUGUAUGACUGUCCCAUAGCAAUCUCUGUCUUUAUACAAAUCUUUGUCCUCAGACUGAUCUUUGACUGUCCCAUGGCAAUGUCUGUCUUCAUAACAGUCUCUGUCCUCAGACUGACCUCUGACUGUCCUCAUAACAGUCUUUGUUUUCAGACUGAUCUAUGACUGUUCUCAUAGCAAACUCUAACUGUCUUUAUAACAGUCUUUGUCCUCAGACGGAUCUUUAUCAGUCUUCAGACUGAUCUAGGACUGUCCUCAUAGCAAUAUCGGUCUUCAUACCAAUCUUUGUCCUCAGACUGAUCUAUGAUUGUCCUCAUGGCAAUCUCUGUCUUCAUAAAAGUCUCUGUCCUCAGACUGACCUCUGACUGUCCUCAUAACAAUCUUUGUUUUCAGACUGAUCUAUGACUGUCUUCAUAGCAAUUUCUGACUGUCUUCAUACCAGUCUGUCUUCAGACAGAUCUAUAACUGAUCUUUGACUGUCCUCAUAACAAUAUCUGACAGUUCUCAUACAAAUCUUUGUCUUCAGACUGAUCUAUGCCUGUCUUCAGACUGUUCUAUGCCUGUCCUCAUAGCGAUCUCUAACUGUCUUCAUAACAAUCUUUGUCCUUAGACUGAUCUUUGACAGUUUUUAGACUGAUCUCUGUCUUCUAACUGAUCUAUGACUGUCCUCAUAGCAAUCUCUAACUGUCUUCAUAACAAUCUUUGUCCUCAGACUGAUCUAUGACGGUCUUCAGACUGAUCACUAUUGAUCUAUAACUGUCUGCAUACUAAGCUUUGUACUCAGACUGAUCUAUGACUGUCCUCAUAACAAACUUGGUCCUCAGACUGAUAAAAGACUGUCCUCAUAAAAAUCUCUGUCCUCAUAGCAGUUUUUGUUUUCAGACUGAUGUCUGACUCUUCUCAUACCAGACUAUGUCCUCAGACUGAUAUCCAGCUGUCCUUGGACCAAUCUUUGUCUUUAGACUGAGCUAUGACUGUCCUUAGACAGAUCUAUGACUGUCUUCAGACCAGUUUCUCUCCUCAGACAGAUCUAUGACUAUCUUUGGACCAACCACACACCAUACAUUAAUUGAUCUUUGACUGCUUUCCUUUUACUGUCCAAAUAUCUGUCUCUGACUGUCCUCUGGCAGUCCUAAGACCUGUUUCAGACUGCCUACAAACUGAACUAUUACUUUCCUCUGUCCUCAGGCCAAUCUCUAACCGUCCACUGACUGUCCUCUGAUCAGUCUCUGUCUCUUUAAUCUUUGACUUUCAUCAAAGUGUCCUCUUACUGUCCUGAGACUCAUAUUUUCCUGGAACUGUCCUUAGAAUUUUCUCAGACCAUCAAAAGACUGUCCUGUUCAUCAUCUUCUCCUGGCGAUAUGUUUAUAUAUUUAUGAACUGAGACGUUUCAUCAUUUAUUUGUUUUGUAGAUGUUGGGGGGGGUGGGAGUUACAGAAAUAAAGGGAUGUUGUUUUACACUAUGUUUCUUUUAGAGACCAUCAUGAUACUGUCUUUCAUCUCUGUGUCCUCGGUGGAAGUCUAAGUGACAGACAGCUAUAGGAAAACCAGCUACUGUAGGACAAAACUUGUCCUCAGACCAUCUCUAAUUGUCUACUAAUCUCUGUCCUCAAGCCCCAGUCUCUGCCUGUCCUCAAACCAAACUCAAAUUUUCCUCGAACUGUCAAUCGUCAAACUGUCCUCAGAUGUCCUGCUCAUCAUCAGCUCGUGAUGUUGUUAUGUUUAUAUAUUUAUGAAUUUAGGCUGUUUUAUCAUUAGUUUGUCUGGAGUUGUUUGUUUUAUUGGGACGGGAGGAAAUUUCAGGAAUAAAGGAUCUUUGUUUUAA